AUGGGAGAGGAUCGACCAGAUUUUGAGCUGCGCCUGGCGCUCGUGCAGCUGCUCGGCCUGGCCGUGCGCCUGGGCGGCGCCGCGCUCGCGCCCCACCUGGACGACGCCGUGAGGGUGCUGCGCUGCACGCUGCUCGACCCGUUCGCCGCCGUGCGCCGCGAGAGCUGCCAGUGCGCCGCCAGCCUGGCGCGCGCCACGCCAGACCACUUCCACAUGCAGUCGGAGUCCUUGAUCGGCCCCCUGAUGCAGAGCAUCUCACACCAGCACUGGAAGGUGCGGGUGGCUGUCAUCGAGGCCACCGGCUCUGUGAUCCAGUUUGGCAGCGGGAAGUCGGUGGACGACGUCCUCCCUCACUUUGCUCAGAGGCUCUUCGAUGACGUCCCCCAGGUGCGGCAGGCGGUGACUUGUGUGGUGGGGGGCUGGCUGCUGGACCUGCGGGACCGCUACUCCUUCUUCCACAAGCUGAUCCCGCUGUUGCUUAGCAACCUCGAGGACGACAUCCCUGAGAUCGCGCUCGCAGCCGCCAGCCUCUGGGAGAAGGUGGGCCUACAAUGGCAGAGGGAGAACGAAGACGACCUCAAAGAUAAGCUGGACUUCGCCUCGCCCCCUCCAGCCCACCACCCCUCGCCAGACAACCGCCCCGGGUUGGGCUGUCGGGAGCUCGUCUUCAGAAACCUCUCCAAGAUCCUUCCCGCCAUCUGUCAUGACGUCACUGACUGGGUCGCGGGGACCAGGGUGAAGGCCGCGCAGCUGCUGGCCGUGCUGCUGCUGCACGCUGAGGACCACGUCACACAGCACCUGGAGGUUGUCCUGCGAACCCUGCACCGGGCCUGUGCCGACGACGACAGGGCCGUGGUCCGCAGCGGCAUCCGAUCUGCCGAGCUGGUCGGGGCGUUCGUCAGCCCGGAGGUGUUUCUGAAGCUGGUUCUGCCCGCGCUGAAGAAGUCGCCCUCCCCCUCGGGCCUCCUGAUUCUUGCGUCCAUCGUCAGAGGCUGCCCUAGGGAGGCCCUCCGGCCGCACCUGACGCUCAUCGCUACGGAGCUGGCCCGGCCCCACAUCUGUCAAGGCUCUGAAAAUCACCUCUACGGGGAGCACCUGCUGCUGUGCGUGCGGACUCUGGUCUCCGUGUGCCGCGAAGACUGCAGACGGUGCAGCUUACAGCUCUUGGAGGUGCUGGUGACCAUAGAGGCGCUCUGGGGUGCCACAGGCCUCGGCGACAAGGUCCGGGAGACCAUGGACGCGCUGGCCACGGCACAGGACAUCGACGGACGCCAGGAUCUGUACCGAGAGCACACGGGCCCCCUCGUGGAGUGGCUGGCCGCGUCGCACCACGACUGGACCGUCCACUCAGCAGAGCUUCUGCAGUUCGUCGUGGUGGUCAACCACGCAGGCCCGGCGCUGGGAGAAGUGCUCCCCCACCUGGUGCCCGUCCUCAGGAGCUGCCUCCAGCCCGCCCGGGACCCGCAGAUGCGCCUGCGGCUCUUCUCCUCCCUGUCGCGGGUGCUGCUGAGCGCAAAGCAGACUGUCGACUCCCAGGGGCACUUUCACCACUACCUCGACGCUGUGACGAAGGACAUCUUGGUCCCCAAUCUGCAGUGGCACGCAGGGAAGACGGCUGCAGCCAUCCGCACGGCAGCCGUGUCCUGCCUCUGGGCACUCAUCAGCAGUGAGGUCCUGUCGGACGAGCAGAUCCGGAAAGUUCAGGAGACGCUGAUGCCGCAGAUUCUAACCUCCCUGGAAGAAGAUUCCCAGAUGACUCGAUUAAUUUCGUGCCAAAUCAUCAACACAUUUCUAAAGACCUCCGGUGGUGUGGCUGAUGCCGAUAAGCUCAUCAAGGUUUAUCCUGAGCUCCUGAAGCGUCUGGACGACGUCUCCCACGAAGUGAGGCUCGCGGCCACCUCCGCCUUGGUCACGUGGCUGGCGUGUGUCAGAAGCAACGAUGACGUGAAGUCCUGCUACCAGAGCCACAUUCAGUUCCUGUACAGAGAGCUCCUCGUGUACCUCGAUGACCCGGACAGCACUGUCCAGGAUGCGGUUUUAGAGGUCCUCAAAGCAGGCAGUGUCCUGUUCCCUGAGCUCCUGGCUAGAGAGAUAGAGGCUGUCAUCCACAAGCACCGCUCUCCUGCCCUCUGCCAGCAGCUGCUACAGCACCUGCAGGCCCAGCCGCCCGCCCAGUGAGCAGCAGCCAGCGCGGAGCGAGCCCCGAGCUCCCGUCCUCCCCUGGGCCGGGGCCGGGGCCUCUCCACCUCACAACACGGCACCUUUGUGUCAACGACCUAGGACACUCACAGGCAAGACUUUGAUAGCAAGAGUAUUGCAGGAAACGUGUGGUGUGCAAGAUUCUCCCAAGACACUUCUCCGGCCCGGCAGUUUCUGAAGUAACAUUCGCUGAGCGGCUUCCGUACUGUCAUGUCUCAUUUAUUACAGUCCAUUGACAGAUCUCCCCAAAAUCUGCGGGUAAUUUGAAAGUAGAACGAGAUGGCACCUGCUCACCCUGGCAGCCAAAGCAUCCUGUUUGUUUCAAACCUACGUGCACCUGCUGCGUUCGUGGGUCAGUAUCUAUGUCUUGCGUAAAUGCCCGCCUCACCGAGAAAGUUCUUGACUAUUUUUCUUUCAAGCAAAAGUUAUUAAAAAGAAAUUUUGUUCUUUCUUUGUGUUGUGUCUACUAAAACUUAGCAUCACAGUGAACAGUCUAAAAGGAAUUUGAAAUCUUUAUCAGUUACAGUUUUCCGUGUAAAAUAUCCUGGAACUCGGAGUGUUAGUGGAUACACUCGGUCAUGAUAUUUUUUUCUUAAAGGGUCAUUAUGCAAACAGUGUUGAAAAUACAAUGUUUUAUCAGAUGUAAUUUUGGUAGCUCUCUCAUAUAAGCAGCAGUAAAGUAAAAUGGGGUUUUAUUCUCUAGCACUUUCUACACCCAAGUGCCUAAAAAAUUUUAUUUUAAAUGGAUAUUAUUUCCGUAAGCCAAAUAUAUAUGUUACCAGGGAAAAAAAUACUGUGUGUAUUUUCUAACAAUCAAAUAUGAACAUUUAUGCUUAGGUGUUUGAAAAUUUAAUUAAAAAUAUUUAUUACAGUUA